AUGCUCUGCCCUGAGGGACACCUGGCGCGGGAACUUGGGGCCACCUUUCCCUCCUCCGCUCUCUUGGGAAGGCAUCCAUUCCCCUUUGUUUGGGACUGCCUCAGCUGCAGUCAGCGAGACUGGUCACAGGCCCGGCCCAAAAUGAAUGCAGAAGGAUGUACUGGAGUUGGUGGUGCCAGGAUUUUAUUCAGAAUGACUUUAGGAAGAGAAGUGAUGUCUUCUCUUCAGGCAAUGUCUUCCUAUACUGUAGCUGGCAGAAAUGUCUUAAGAUGGGAUCUUUCACCAGAGCAAAUUAAAACAAGAACUGAGGAGCUCAUUGUGCAGACCAAACAGGUGUACGAUGCUAUUGGAAUGCUUGACAUUGAGGAAGUAACUUACGAGAACUGUUUGCAGGCACUGGCAGAUGUUGAAGUGAAGUAUAUAGUGGAACGAACCAUGUUAGACUUUCCCCAGCAUGUCUCCUCUGACAAAGAAGUGCGGGCAGCAAGUACAGAAGCAGACAAAAGACUUUCUCGUUUUGAUAUCGAGAUGAGCAUGAGAGAAGAUAUAUUUCUGAGAAUUGUUCAUUUACAGGAAACCUGUGAUCUGGGUAAGAUAAAACCUGAAGCCAGAAGAUAUUUGGAAAAGUCAGUUAAAAUGGGAAAAAGGAAUGGGCUCCAUCUUCCAGAACAAGUACAAAAUGAAAUCAAAGCAAUGAAGAAAAGAAUGAGUGAGCUAUGUAUUGACUUCAACAAAAAUCUCAAUGAGGACGAUACCUUCCUUGUAUUUUCUAAGGCCGAACUUGGUGCUCUUCCUGAUGAUUUCAUUGACAGUUUAGAAAAGACAGAUGAUGACAAGUAUAAAAUUACUUUAAAAUAUCCACACUAUUUUCCUGUCAUGAAGAAAUGUUGCAUCCCUGAAACCAGAAGGAAGAUGGAAAUGGCUUUUAAUACAAGGUGCAAAGAGGAAAACACCUUAAUUCUGCAGCAGCUACUGCCACUGCGGGCCAAGGUGGCCAAACUCCUCGGCUACAGCACACAUGCUGACUUUGUCCUUGAAAUGAACACUGCAAAGAGUACAAGCCAUGUUACAGCCUUUCUAGAUGAUUUAAGCCAGAAAUUAAAACCCUUGGGUGAGGCAGAGCGAGAGUUUAUUUUGAAUUUGAAGAAAAAGGAAUGUGAAGAGAGAGGUUUUGAAUACGAUGGGAAAAUCAACGCCUGGGAUCUCCAUUACUACAUGACUCAGACGGAAGAACUCAAGUAUUCCAUAGAUCAAGAGAUACUCAAGGAAUACUUCCCAAUUGAAGUGGUCACUGAAGGCUUACUCAACAUCUACCAGGAGUUGUUGGGGCUUUCAUUUGAGCAAGUGGCAGAUGCUCACGUGUGGAAUACAAGUGUUACACUUUACACUGUGAAGGAUAAAGCCACAGGAGAAGUACUGGGACAGUUCUACUUGGACCUCUAUCCAAGGGAAGGAAAGUACAACCACGCAGCCUGCUUUGGUCUCCAGCCCGGCUGCCUCCUCCCUGAUGGGAGCCGCAUGAUGUCAGUGGCUGCCCUUGUGGUGAACUUCUCGCAGCCAAUAGCUGGUCGUCCCUCUCUCCUGAGGCAUGAUGAGGUGCGGACUUACUUCCAUGAAUUUGGUCAUGUCAUGCAUCAGAUUUGUGCACAGACUGAUUUUGCUCGAUUUAGUGGAACAAAUGUGGAAACUGACUUUGUAGAGGUGCCAUCACAAAUGCUUGAGAAUUGGGUAUGGGACAUCGAUUCCCUCCGAAGAUUGUCAAAACAUUAUAAAGAUGGAAGUCCUAUUAUGGAUGAUCUGCUUGAAAAACUUGUUGCUUCCAGACUGGUCAACACAGGUCUUCUGACCUUACGCCAGAUUGUUUUGAGCAAAGUUGAUCAGUCUCUCCAUACCAACACGUCGCUGGAUGCUGCAAGUGAAUAUGCCAAAUAUUGCACAGAGAUUUUAGGUGUCGCGGCAACUCCAGGCACAAAUAUGCCAGCUACUUUCGGACAUUUGGCAGGGGGAUAUGAUGGCCAAUAUUAUGGAUAUCUUUGGAGUGAAGUAUUUUCCAUGGAUAUGUUUUACAGCUGUUUUAAAAAAGAAGGCAUAAUGAAUCCAGAGGUUGGAAUGAAAUACAGAAACCUAAUCCUGAAACCUGGGGGAUCUCUGGACGGCAUGGACAUGCUGCAGAAUUUCUUGAAACGUGAGCCAAACCAAAAAGCGUUCCUAAUGAGUAGAGGCCUGCAUGCUCCAUAA